AUGGGUGAAAUCACAAUCACUGGCUGGAAGACUCGCGAUGUUCGCUUCCCUACCUCCCUCGACGGAACUGGCUCCGAUGCCAUGAACGCUGCUGGCAACUACUCCUCCGCCUACUGCAUUCUCCAGACCGACUCUGACUACACAGGUCACGGAAUGACCUUUACCAUCGGCCGUGGAAACGACAUCGUCUGCGCUGCCAUCAACCACGUCGCCGAGCGUCUCAAGGGAAGGACUCUAUCCUCUCUCGUCGCAAACUGGGGUCAAACAUGGCGCCAUCUCGUCAACGAUAGUCAACUCCGCUGGAUCGGUCCUGAAAAGGGUGUCAUCCACCUCGCCCUCGGCGCAGUCGUCAACGCCGUCUGGGAUCUCUGGGCAAAGACCCUCAACAAGCCCGUCUGGCGCAUCGUCGCCGACAUGAGCCCCGAGGAGUUUGUCAGCUGCAUUGACUUCCGCUACAUCACCGAUGCCAUUACCCCCGAGGAGGCCAUCGCCAUGCUCAAGGAGCAGGAGCCCACCAAGUCCAAGCGUCUAGAAGAGGCUCUCAACAACCGCGCUGUGCCUGCUUACACAACUAGUGCAGGCUGGUUGGGCUAUGGCGAGGAUAAGAUGAAGAGUUUGCUUCAGGAGACUCUCAAUGCUGGAUACCGACACUUCAAGGUCAAGGUCGGUGGUGAUAUUGAGCGUGACCGCAAGCGAUUGAGCAUCGCUCGUGAGGUUAUCGGCUACGACAAGGGCAAUGUUCUCAUGACGGAUGCUAACCAGGUCUGGUCCGUCCCUGAGGCUAUCGACUACAUGAAGCAACUAGCCGACUUUAAACCUUGGUUCAUCGAGGAGCCCACGUCACCCGACGACAUCCUCGGCCACAAGGCCGUUCGCGACGCCCUGAAGCCUUAUGGUAUUGGUGUUGCUACCGGAGAGAUGUGCCAGAACCGAGUCAUCUUCAAGCAACUCCUCCAAACAGGCGCCAUCGACGUCUGCCAAAUCGACGCCUGCCGCAUGGGUGGUGUGAACGAGGUUCUCGCCGUCCUCCUCAUGGCCAAGAAGUUUGGCGUGCCCAUCGUUCCUCACUCUGGCGGUGUCGGUCUCCCCGAGUACACCCAGCACCUGAGCACCAUCGACUACGUUGUUGUUUCCGGCAAGCUUUCCGUUCUCGAGUACGUGGACCACCUCCACGAGCACUUCUUCCACCCAUCCGUUAUCAAGGACGGAUACUACACUACCCCCACGGAAGCUGGUUACAGUGUCGAGAUGAAGCCUGAGAGUAUGGACCGAUUUAGCUACCCUGGUGAGAAGGGUGUGAGUUGGUGGACAUCAGAUGAGGCCAAGGUUAUUCUCGAUGGUGAGAAGAUCUAA